UGUCAGGGCGGAGUCAAUCAGGAACAGCAAUACUGAAAGGAAUGAACUGUCCAAUGAGGAGCACGGAUAUUCAUAGUGCGCUUCCUGGAAACUGCAUCCUCCUUCCCCGCUGUGUUAGGAUAAGGGGAUUCUCGAGAGGACUUGUUUUGGCGGCUGUGUGUUCUCCUGACUGCAGACAUCCUUGGGAGGACAGCUAGACGCAGGAGAAGCAGAAAUGGUUUCUGCAUUGCAGAGUCGAAUUCCAAUGUGCCCAUGUGCCGAAUCUCCAUUUUCUGAAAACCGGCUGAGGGACAUCCAGGCUGAUUCUCUUGACAGCUGGUGGGACCAGAGAAGCAAAGAUCCCGACUGUGCAUCUGUCUGUUACAGAGAGAAAGUGGCCUUUGAGGAUGUGGCUGUGAACUUCAACUCAGGAGAAUGGGCUUUGUUGAAUUCAUUUCAAAAGAAGCUCUACAGAGAUGUGAUGAAGGAGACAUUUUUGAACCUGAUCUCCAUAGAAAAAGCAGUAGAAGAAAAAAUUGGAGAGGACUGCAAAGACUUCAGCAGAAAUUCACGAAUUCAAGUGAUUGAGAAAGACUGUGGAUAUGCAUGUGUCCAUGAAUGUGAUAAGACCCAGGAACCUAUUACAGAGAAUGUCAUCAACACAGGCAUGCCUCCUGGAGAAAGAGUAUGUCAAAGCCCAUUGCAUAUAAGAAACAUCCUUGUUCAUUUAUCCUCACAUGGGUAUCUCAGAGAGCAAACUACAGGGAUACCAUCUGCAUGGAAGAAAGCUAUGACUAAAGCUUUUACACAUCAGGAACAUUGGAAAGAUACCCAUUAUUCUGAAUCACUUCAGGUACUUGAAACUUCUCCCAAGAAGAAACCCUGUGAAAGUCAAGAAUAUAAUGAAGCUUGCAGGAGUCUCAGUUUGGAUCAGCCUCAGGAGAGAGCUCACCCUGGAGUUACACUCCAUGAAAAUGACUUGACGGGAUACACAUUUGUUCAGAACAAUGAAGGAAUCCAUAAAGAAGUGAAAGAGUUUGUAUGUAAGCUCUGUGAAGAAGCCUUCAUUGAGUCCAGUGACCUUUACAACCAUGAAAAAAGUCAUAUUUCACAGAAAAGGUACUCUUGUAAGCACUGUGGGAAAACAUUUAAAAAUGCAAAAUGUUUUGAGAAGCAUAAAGUAACUCAUACAAAAGAGAAGCCUUAUGCUUGUAAGGAUUGUCAAAAAACCUUUACAUGCUCUAGUCAUCUACACAGACAUGAAAAGAUUCACACUGGUCAGAAGCUUUAUGUUUGUAGACAUUGUGGAAAAACAUUUAAGUGCUCCAGUCAUCUCAACAUACAUGAAAGGAUUCACAGUGGAGAGAAGCCUUAUGAUUGUAAGCAUUGUGGGAAAUCCUUCAGUGACUUCAGUAGUCAUAAGAGACAUCAAAGGAUUCACAGUGUAGAGAAGCCUUAUGCUUGUAGGCAUUGUGGGAAAGCCUUUAACUAUUCCAGUCUUCUUAACAGACACGAAAGGAUUCACACUGGAGAGAAGCCUUAUGCUUGUAGACACUGUGGAAAAGCCUUUAAACACUUCAGUAGUCAUAUGAAUCAUGAAAGGAUUCAUAGUGGAGAGAAGCCUUAUGCAUGCAAGCAUUGUGGGAAAUCAUUCAGUGAUUCCAGUAGUCAUAAGAGACAUCUAAGGAUUCACAGUGGAGAAAAACCUUAUGCUUGUAGGCAUUGUGGAAAAGCUUUUAACUACUCCAGUGUUCUGAAUACUCAUGAAAGGAUUCACAGUGGAGAGAAGCCAUAUGCCUGUAAACAUUGUGGAAAAGCUUUUACCACCUCCAGUCUCCUGAAUACACAUGAAAGGAUUCACAAUGGAGAGAAGCCUUAUACUUGUAAGCAUUGUGGAAAAGCCUUUAGAUACUUCAGUAGUCAUAAGAAUCAUGAAAGGAUUCAUAGUGGAGAGAAGCCUUAUGCUUGUAGACAUUGUGGGAAAGGCUUUAUCACUUCCAGUCUUCUGAACAUACAUGAAAGAGUUCACAGUGGAGAGAAGCCUUAUGGUUGUAGACAUUGUGGCAAAUCAUUUACCACCUCCAGUAGUCUGAAGAGACAUGAAAGGAUUCACAAUGGAGAGAAGCCUUAAGCAUGUAAGCACUGUGGGAAAGCAUUUAGGCACUUCAUUAGUCACAAAAAUGAAACAAAGCACACUGGAGAGAAGCCUUAUGCAUGUAAGUAUUGUGGAAAACCUUUCAGUGACUCCACUAGUCACAAGAAACAUGAAAGAAAUCACAGUGCCGAGAACCUUAUGCAUGUAACUAUUGAAGAAAAGCCUUCAGGACCUCCAGUACUCAUAAGAAUCAUGCAAGGAUUGACCCUGGAUUGAUGCUUUAUGUAUUCAGGCAUUGUGGGAAAGCCUUCAGCCAGUUCAAUGGUCAUAGGUAUCAUGAAAGGACUCACGCUGAAGAGAAGCCUUAUUCAUACAGGCAUUGUGGAAAACCCUUCAGUGACUCCAGUAGUCAUGAGAAACAUGAAAGAAUGUACACUGGAGAGAAACGUAUGCAUAUGGGCCUGUGGCCAUGUCUGUGAGGGAUACUUUUAAUGGAUUUGGAAGGACCUCAUCCAGAAUGGGUGCCACCAUCACUUCCCAGGGGGGCCUGCUUUUCUAAAAAUGGCUGAUAGGGCGGAGUCAAUCAGGAACAGCAAUACUGAAAGGAAUGAACUGUCCAAUGAGGAGCACGGAUAUUCAUAGUGCGCUUCCUGGAAACUGUAUCCUCCUCCUUCCCUGCUGUGUUAGGAUAAGGAGGAGUUGUUUUGGGCGGCUGUGUGUUCUCCUGACUGCAGGCAUUUUUGGGAGGACAGCUAGACUCAGGAGAAGCAGAAAUGGAAAAAGUGGCCUUUGAGGAUGUGGCUGUGAACUUCACCUCAGGAGAGUGGGCUUUGUUGGGUUCAUGUCAAGAGUAGCUCUACAGAGAUGUGAUGAAGGAGACAUUUUUGAACCUGAUCUCCAUAGAAGAAACAGUAGAAGAAAAUAUUGGAGAGGACUGCAAAGACCUCAGCAGAAGCACGUGAACUCAAGUGAUCAAGGAAGACUAUGGAUAUGGAUGUGAUCAUAAGUGUGAUAAGACCCAGGAACAUAUUACAGAUAAUGUCAUCAAUAAAGACAUGCCUCCUGGAGAAAGAUUAUGUCAAAGCCCAUUGCAUGUAAGAAACAUCCUUGGUCAUUCA